AACUGGAGGCAGGAACUGCGGGUGAUCUACCAGUGCUUCGUGUGGUGUGGAACCCCAGAGACCAGGAAAAGCAAGGCAAAGUCGUGCAUCUGCCAUGUGUGUGGCACCCAUUUGAACAGACUUCACUCUUGCCUUUCUUGUGUCUUCUUUGGCUGCUUCACAGAGAAACACAUUCAUGAGCACGCCGAGACAAAACAACACAACUUAGCCGUAGACCUUUAUUAUGGAGGUAUAUACUGCUUUAUGUGUAAGGAUUAUGUAUAUGACAGAGACAUUGAGCAAAUUGCCAAAGAAGAGCAAGGAGAAGCUUUGAAAUUACAGGCCUCCACCUCAACCGAGGUUUCUCACCAGCAGUGUUCAAUGCCAGGACUCGGUGAGAAAUAUCCAACCUGGGAGACAACCAAACCCGAGUUAGAACUGCUGGGACACAACCCAAGGAGAAGAAGAAUCACCUCCAGCUUUACCAUCGGUUUAAGAGGACUAAUCAAUCUUGGCAACACGUGCUUUAUGAACUGCAUCGUCCAGGCCCUUACCCAUACUCCGAUCCUGAGAGAUUUCUUCCUGUCCGACAGGCACAGAUGUGAAAUGCCAAGUCCUGAGUUGUGUCUGGUCUGUGAGAUGUCUUCGCUUUUUCGGGAGUUGUAUUCUGGAAACCCAUCUCCUCACGUUCCUUAUAAAUUACUGCACCUGGUAUGGAUACACGCUCGUCACUUAGCAGGAUACAGGCAACAGGAUGCCCACGAGUUCCUCAUUGCCGCGUUAGAUGUCCUGCACAGGCACUGCAAAGGUGAUGAUGCCGGGAAGGCUGCCAACAAUCCCAACCACUGUAACUGCAUCAUAGACCAAAUCUUCACAGGUGGCCUGCAGUCUGAUGUCACCUGUCAAGCCUGCCAUGGCGUCUCCACCACCAUAGACCCAUGCUGGGACAUCAGUUUGGACUUGCCGGGCUCUUGCACCUCCUUCUGGCCCAUGAGCCCAGGGAGGGAGAGCAGUGUGAAUGGGGAAAGCCACAUACCAGGAAUCACCACCCUCACAGACUGCUUGCGAAGGUUUACAAGGCCAGAGCACUUAGGUAGCAGUGCCAAAAUCAAAUGCGGUAGUUGCCAAAGCUACCAGGAAUCUACCAAACAGCUCACGAUGAAUAAAUUACCUGUUGUUGCCUGUUUUCAUUUCAAACGGUUUGAACACUCGGCCAAACAGAGGCGCAAGAUCACUACAUACAUAUCCUUUCCUCUGGAGCUGGAUAUGACACCAUUUAUGGCCUCGAGUAAAGAGAGCAGGAUGAAUGGACAGUUGCAGCUGCCAACCAAUAGUGGAAACGAUGAGAAUAAGUAUUCCUUGUUUGCUGUGGUUAAUCACCAAGGAACCUUGGAGAGUGGCCACUACACCAGCUUCAUCCGGCACCACAAGGACCAGUGGUUCAAGUGUGAUGAUGCCGUCAUCACCAAGGCCAGUAUUAAGGACGUUCUGGACAGUGAAGGGUAUUUACUGUUCUAUCACAAACAGGUCCUGGAACAUGAGUCAGAAAAAGUGAAAGAAAUGAAUACACAAGCCUACUGAAGUGACACAGACCUACCUGUAAUGGAAGAUGACAACACCUAUACUACAACUGGCUUCGAGAUUUAAAGGACCUACUUGCAUGGCCCAUGGGCCUGACAGAGUAAGAAUUGAACAGUACCCAGUGUCUAAAAGGUCCUGGUUGGAAGAGAAGUAGACGGGGUGGGAGAAGAGGCUCUAGUCUAAACAGUCACUUAAAGGAGAAUUCAAUGGCAGGAAUGCUCUAGGUGGGGAAGGCAGGAGCAGGGAAAUCCUGACACUGGUACAUAUCCUAUAUUCCUCCAAAAGAUUGUGUGGGAAAGUGUGGGGUGGGAGGGGGGUGGUGUGGGGGGGGUGUGUGCCCUUGUAACCAUAAAACAUCUUUCUCCAUGGGUGUUUCAGCUUCAACUGACCAAUCACAUAACAGUUAUAUGUUUGGAGGGGGGGAGAAAAGUCUAUACAAAUGUAGCCCAUUACCUAUAUGGGUCUGAAAGCAGAAAAGUGGAGGAGGCAAGGAUAUCUCAUUGACAAACACCUUUGCCAGUUUCUUUGUAUUCGUGAUUUUUUGUGCUAUUAAAUGCAGUAUUAAAAAAAAGAAAAGCCCAUGAGGCUAGUGAAAGGUGAAGAAGGAAGGGGGCUUGUAUAAGGGGAGCAAUUGCUCCAAAUGUAGAGAAGACAAAAAAAAAAAUACUGUAAGAUAAGCAACCAACACAGACAGGCCUCAGCUAAGAGUAUAGUGUGUGAGUGUUUAAAAAAAAGCUGUAUGAUAUACUUGAGCAAAUCAAUGAACCUCUUUGCGAUUGUUUUCUCAUCUGUACAAUGCAGAUAAUUCCUACCUUAAAGGGUUAUUGUUAAAGAUUAAACGAUAUAAAAUGUGUCUAAGUAUCAAGUAAAAGGUUUGGAACUUUGUAGGGGCUCAGUAAACGUUUGUUGGAUCUGAAACUUCUUCGGACCAGGACCAGAAUGCAUCAGAGGUGAGGGUUGGUCCAACCUGAGACCCAUGGACAGAAUGGACACACCUCGUGUCACAUGCAGUCACUCACGCACAUACACACACAUGCACACACACUUAACGACUCCCUCCCCAACACUGUCUACUUGGAGCCUCAAGGCAAUGGAUUCCACCUUUGUCCCUAUGUAAGGGCAUCACAACCAGUGCCACACCAGGGUGUGGGGGGAGAACUACAGCUGUCUCCCAAAGGCCUUCUGUCCAUUUGGAAGACCAUCCUGUUGUUUCCAUGACUAAGCACCCUGAUGAGGGGACUCUCAGGACCAGUAGGCUGCCAGGCCUCUGAAUGAGGGUGUUUGCUAGUCUUUGCCUUCCACAAUCAUGUGUGGGCUGUCACAUUCACCUGUAGGCCUGGAUCAGUUGAAAGACUAUUUUCCAAAGCUCACUGGUCCACCAGCCCAAGGAGAUCGAUGGAGUGGCACAUUGGCCUCUUCCCUGAUUCUCCCAGAGGGCAGAACAGCCUGCAGAGGGCUAAGCCAGAACAGAUGGGAUGUGCCCAGGAGGGGGUAAGCAUUGAUGGUUCCUUCUUUUCUCCCCGGCAUCAGGUACAAAAGUAUCUAUAACCUAGAAAAUCUUUGUGGGGAGGGGGGAGACUAUCAGACCCAUGGGGCUUGGAUCCACUGGCUCUGGUAAAAGGCUGGCUCCCCCACCCCCACCUACAGGGCUUCCCAAAUCUACUUCAUGUUCCACUCAUUUGGAAAAUAUACGUUUAUGAAUGUGGUUGGGGAUGCAUCCCCAGCUAGCUCAUAGAUGUUGUUUAGGACAGGGGUUGUGUCUCCUCUUGGACCCUAGGCUGCACACUCAGCCCCUAGCACAGUUCCUGGUGCAUAGUAAGCAGACAGUCAAAACACGUACCGAUGAAUCAAUGAACCAAUGCACCUUCCUUUCAUAAGCAAAAUUUUGCCACCACCCGGGGCCCAAGAUCCUCAAAAUAUAUAAAAGUGUUACCUUUGGUAUCUUGGAGGAAGGGGGAGAUCCAGGGAUGAGUGGCCUCAGGUGCCACUUGGCAAAUCAGUGCAGGGUAUCUGAUUAUUUUUUUGGGAUGUGUCUGGUAGGACUGCCUGGGAAGACAGCCAUGUCCUCAUUCCUCCUCUCUGCCAUAGGUAGCGUUCAGUAAGGCAUGUGCCACCAGAUUCUGACUGCUUGCAGAAACUAUCUUUGACAUUUUUAAGCUUUUUUAUUUGGAAAUAUUUUAAACGUAGAGGAAAGUUGCAAAAAUAAAAAUAGUGUAAAGAACAUCUGUAUGCCAGAUUCACCUAUUGCUAACAGUUUUUACCCCAUUUACUUUAUUGUUUACGUGAAUGCACACCCUCAUAAGUGUGUGUGUGUGUGUGUGUGUGUGUGUGUGUGUGUGUGUGUGUGUGUCUGGACCAUAUCAUGGUAGAUUACAUGCAUCAUAACCCUUCAUGACUAACGUACUUCAUGCAUUGCCUAAAGAUAGGCAUGUUCUCUACAUUGAUGCAAUACUAGUAUCUAAUCUACCAUUAGCACUUCAAAUUUAUCUGCUGGCACAAUGAUGUCCUUUACAGCAUUUCCUUGUCCAUCAUAGGAUCUGGUCUAGGGUGAGGUAUUGCUUUUAGUUGUCAGGUUUAACCUGGAACAUUUCCACAAACUUACUUUGUCUUGUAUGGCAUUAGCAUUUUUAAUACAAUGCUCCUCAUUUUGGGUUUGUCUGAUACAGAAACUGUCUUUUAAAUACCCUGCACUCAGGAAUAGUUCUAAGAGAUAUGAAUGGCGCGAGACUGCUGAAGCUGACCUCCCUGUCUCCGCUGGUGGAAGGCACAGACCACCAGAGGGAGCAGCUGUGCCUGGCACCUCCUGAUUGAAGCACGCACCACCUCUGGGAAACACCAUUGUCCCUCAGCAACAGGGGAGCCAUUCAAGCCCAGCCCAAUGCCCCUACCUGUCACCAACCCCCAAAUUGAGCCAUGGAGUGUAACAACAGCAGCCAGGGCCUGCUUUCAGAUCACACCACCGUGGGACCCAGGGAAUCAUGUAUUCAGCAGGGAAUCCUGAUCAGGGAUGCCAUCAACCAAGAGGUCUUUUCCAAUCAAGAAACAGAAUGGCCCCCACACAACUCAUGUUGUCAUAAUGCAGUAGACCUGAUGCCAGGAACCCGUGUUUGCACCAAAUGUACACUCACACCCAGAAGUGAAGGCCUAGGUCCUCUGAGAGUAUGAAGUUCAGCGCCCACAGCGUAUGUCAUUAUACACUGUCCUUUCCCUGUAGUUGACCCAAUACCAUUUUUUUAAACUCAUGUAUCAAAGUAUGUCAGAUAUAUAGGAAAAUGCACAUAUCAUAAGGGUACAACUUGAUGAAUUUCUAGAAAAUGAACAGAGCCCUGCAAACAACAUCCAGAUCAAGAAACAGAACAUUAUCCAUAAGUCAGGCCCCACUUCUGCUUCCUUCCAGUCAAUAACCCCAAAAAGCAAACCCUAUCCUGACUUCUUUCACUGUAGAUCAGUGUUGCCUUUUUUAUGCCUUCUAUAAAAGGAAUGGUUCAGUAUGUUUACUUUUGUGUCUGGCUUCUUUGGCUCAACAUUUAUGAGCUUCAGCUAUGAAGUCUUUUUGUCACAAAAAAUUAUGAGGAAUGUCAUUAUUUCUGUCUAAUGAACCAAAAGUAAGAAUCCAUACUCUUUCUAGUGAUUUCUGACAUUGAGUCAAUUCAAAGGGACAUAGGCAUUGCAAAGUUAGACCUCGAGAGUGUCUAAUCUCAGCUAUAAGAAAAUGGUGGAUGGAAAAUAACCUUCCAGAGAAUCUUGGGAUAUUUAAGUACCCCAGAAAUGUUAAUCUUGGGUCCUGUUCUAAUAAUCUUGGACCCCAGCCCUGUUCCAGUAGCUCCUGAAUGGGAUACUCUUUUCUAGUAAAUCCUCAAACUUUAACGUGUAGCAGAGUCACCUUGAGGGCUUAUUAAUCCAUAGAUGCCUGGGUCCUGCCCCUAGAAUUUCUGAUUUUGGUAGAUUUGGGAUGGGGGCUUGAGAAUUUGCAUUUCUAACAAAUUCCUGAGUGACACUUUAGGUUCUGGGAUCACACUUUGAGAACCAGUGUUCUAUUCAGUUUGUUUUCGCACUGUGGUACUCGGAGCCCAAGGAGGCUAUGAAGGUGCUCCAGGGAGCAUCUUGGAGAGCAUCUUGGGGAGCAAGGG